CUAGAAAGGCGGCAUUCUGGGAAUAGUAGUUUGGAGAGGAAAGUAGCAUCGCGAUUGGUGUGGCGCGGUUCUAUACCUUGAGACAUGAGUGAGAAGCGGCCCGCGGAACCCGGCCCGGCCAGAGUGGGCAAGAGGGUAAAGAAGGACGUGGUGGCAGAGUUUUCGGACGCUGUCAAGGAAAAAACCUUGAAAAAGCAUGUGGCCGAGGCCUGGAUCCACAAGACGCCAUUCAGUCAUGAAGCCAUUGUCAUGGAUAUGGACCCAUUUCUUCACUGCGUGAUCCCAAACUUCAUCCAAAGCCAAGACUUCUUGGAAGGGCUUCACAAAGAACUUUUGAACUUGGACUUCCAUGAAAAAUACAAUGAUUUAUAUAAGUUCCAACAGUCUGAUGAUUUAAAGAAGAGAAGAGAGCCUCAUAUCUCAGCUUUACGGAAACUACUGUUUGAAGAUUUCCGGGCCUGGCUUUCUGACAUUUCUAACAUUGACCUGGAACCAACCAUUGACAUGUCCUGUGCUAAGUAUGAAUUCACUGAUGCCCUGCUCUGCCAUGAUGAUGAGCUGGAAGGGCGCCGGGUGGCCUUCAUUCUGUAUCUAGUUCCUCCCUGGGACAGGAGUUUGGGAGGCACACUGGACCUGUUCAGCAUUGAUGAACACUUUCAGCCAAAGCAGAUUGUCAAGUCUCUUGUCCCUUCGUGGAACACACUGGUUUUCUUUGAAGUGUCUCCAGUUUCCUUUCACCAGGUGUCUGAAGUCCUUUCUGAAGAAAAGUCACGUCUGUCUAUCAGUGGCUGGUUUCAUGGUCCUUCACUGACCAGGCCUCCCACCUACCUUGAACCCCUCGUACCUCGGUACCCUCACAUCCCAAAAGAUCAUGAAAUUUUGAAUGAAUGGAUCAACCCUUCUUAUCUGGACAUGGAAUAUCAAGCUCAAAUUCAAGAAGAGUUUGAAGAAAGGUCUGAAAUUCUCCUGAAAGAAUUUCUUAAGCCUGACAAGUUCGAAAAAGUCUGUGAGGCAUUGGAGAAAGGAGAUGUGGAAUGGAAUAGCCGUGGUCCCCCUGACAAAAGGUUUUAUGAGAAAGCUGAGGAGAGUCGGCUCCCUGAUAUACUGAAGGACUGCAUGGAGUUAUUUCGCUCGGAGGCACUGUUCUUGCUGCUUUCCAAUUUCACAGGCCUGAAGCUUCACUUCUUGGCCCCUUCAGAAGAAGAUGAGAUCAAAGACAAGACAGAGGAAGAAGCAGCCUAUACGACUGGUAGCACUGAAGAGGGGACUAGCCAUAGCUCCACAGAGAAUAAUCAGGCAGCCACCAAUAACAGCAGCCAGCAAAGCAAUGAACAGAGAGACUCAGCACCAGAGGAAAAAGCAGCAAAAAAAAAGUCAAGUGUUCCCACCUGCCAGGGGGAGCUGAGGCAUUGGAAGAUUGGUCACUACACUUUAAUCCAUGACAACAGCCAGACUGAAUUUGCCUUGGACUUGGUUCUUUAUUGUGGCUGUGAAGGCUGGGAGCCGGAAUAUGGUGGCUUUACUUCCUAUAUUGCCAAAGGCGAAGAUGAAGAGCUGCUAAUAGUGAAUCCAGAAAACAAUUCUUUGGCGUUGGUCUACAGAGAUAGAGAGACUCUGAAGUUUGUCAAGCAUAUUAACCAUCGAAGCCUAGAACAGAAGAAAACUUUCCCAAACAGAACUGGUUUCUGGGACUUCUCAUUCGUCUACUAUGAAUAACAGGACAGGGCAAAGCUGCACAAAAGACACCCUUUGAUACAAGGGAGUCUGAAGAGCAAGGAGAACAGGAGAGUUAUAUGGUGAGCUCUCGGACAGUGUUCUUAAAAUGCUUGUCCAUUAAUCAGAUUCAUGAUUGACCUCAGCCUACACCUUGAGCUUAGAGCUAUGUGUUCAUCUCUUGAUUUUCUUUUUUCCCAGUCUUGGGAUUGAAGCCAGGCUUCAUGUAUGCUCUACUGAGCUACAUCCCCAGCCCUUGGUUUUGAAAAAGAUUUUUAUUUAUUUAUUUUGAACAUUGAGUUCUUCAUUUUGCAUAUUGACUGCCUCAACCAUUUUCUUUCUAACUGCAAGAUAAUUGCAUUAUUUGUACUGUUGUAAGAUAAAAUUUAGCAGAUUAACCAUUUUUAAACAUACACUUCAGUGGUACUGAGUACAUUCACAGUGUACAGCCAUCACCAAUAUCCUACACUUCUUCGAUUUUCCAUAACUAAAACUCUGUAUAAUAGUUCCCCACAAUCUCUUGUCCCUGUCCCCAACCUUGCUCCUUUCAGUCUCUGUUGACUACUCAUCUUCCUCAUCAAUGGAAUCAUAGUAUUUGUAUACAUUAUUGUAUUUUGUGACUGGCUUAUUUCACUUUACAUAAAGUCCCCAAGGUUCAUUAGUGUUCCUAAUUCAUGUUUCCUUUUUUUCCGGAGUCUGUUCUUCCCAGUCACACUGGUGUGGACAGUUACAAAAUCUUAAUCUGGUUCAUGGUGGGCCUUAGACAUCUGACCCUCUUCCACUGCAUGUGGGCUGCAUUUCAGUGUGCCACUCCUGGGACGUGCUAGACUUAGUUGUGUGGAGUUACUCCCUGGAAAAGGUGUGGCUGAAACCACAUGGCUUCAAGAAACUUCAGGUAAAGAGGACAGGUUGCUCUUUGCUCUCCACAGUCAUUUCCAGCCACCUCUGCCUUUCUACCUGGAACUGUGGCUUCCAAGUACAGCCUCACACAUGGCUUUCAUUUUCCUAAAUGCUGCAGCUCUAACUAUAGAGCUAGUUGCCUUUUUUCCUUUACAAGACCCAGUGCUAAAGAGCCACAACAAAAUGUAACAGGCUGUCAGCAUCUCUGUUACAUUCUUUUCCCUUCAAAUUGUUUUGCAGAGCUCUGUCUUAACUGAUCCUGGUUAUGUGUGUGAGGGCCUAUGGGUACAUAAUGAUGAUGUUCUGACUCUAUCCUCUGCAGCUUGCCUCUUUGCUUCCUUUCCUCUGUGUGUGUGUGUGUGUGUGUGUGUGUGUGUGUGUGUGUGUUUCUUGAUGUUCCACAGUUUUUUUAUUUGUUUGUUUUUUGGUUUUGGUGCUGGGAAUCAAACUUAAGACCUUGUAUUUGCCAGGCAGGUGCCAUACCACUGAGCUGUAUCCCUGGUCCACCCCCACCCCCAGUAGUUUUUAGUACAGGUUAUUUAUUACUAUUUAAUAGGAAAAACAUUGGUCCUUUAAACAUCUCAAUCACUUUUGUCUUUCAUCUCUUAAAACUUGUCCCUGAGUUUUAAGAGAAUGAGUUUCAUUUUGUGUUUCAGGUUGAUUUUUUUAGAAAACAUUUUAGUAUAUAUCCCAAUCCAGAAAACACAGUUUCACAUAUAUACCCUUAAGUUUUUAUAUAUGCAGGAGAUUUCUUUUGACAUGCAAAAACCUUUUAAUAAGAUGAGAUUCCAGUUUUUACUUCUGGGAAGUAUUUCCCAUGCAGUUUGAUUUUUGGCCAUAAACUCUACCUAUUCCUAUGUCUUCAAGAUUUCUACCUACUUUGUCUUCAAGUAGAUUUAGUGUUUCUGUUUUAAUAUUUGGAUCUCUGAUCCAUUUUGACUUUAAUUUAGUGCAUGGUGAUGAACAUGGAUCUAGUUUUAGUUUUUGGCAUAUGGAGAGCCAGUUUUUCCAGUACCACUUAUUAAAGAGGCUGUCUUUCCUCCAGUGAACUUGUUUGCUUUGUUGAAGAUAAGGUAGCUGAGUGUGUUUGUAGUUGUGGCUCUAUCUUCUAAUCUAUUCCAUUGAUCUUCAGGUCUAUUUUUUUACCAGUACCAUGCUGAUUUUAUCACAGUAGCUUUGUUUAAAAAAAAAAAUCUCCAGAGUGAAAAGAAAACCCACGAAUUGGGGAAAAAAAUCAUAACCAACUGUCCCUCAGACAAAAGACUAGAACAGAUAAAGAAUUAAAAAAUAUCAGGCCUCCAGAAUUCAAGGACCCAAUCCAAAAAUGGGCAUCUGAGAUGAAUACAUAUUUCUCAGAUGAAGAAAUACAAAUGGUAAAUAAAUAUAUGAAAAAAAUGUUGAGCAUAAUUGACUAGAGAAAUGCAAAUUAAAACAAUGCUGAGAUUGCAUCUCACUCCAGAAAGAAUGGUUAUCAUCAAGAAAUCAACCAAUAACCAAUGCUGGAGGGGCUGUGGGAAAAAGGAACACUUCUCCACUGUUGGUGGCAGUGUAGGCUGGGCAACCACUGUGGAAGUGAGUGUGGAGAUUCCUCAGAAAGCUAGAAUUAGAGGUCCCAUUUGAUCCAGCUAUAUCGCUUUGGUAUUUUCUCAGAAGAACUGAAAACAUCAUACCACAGUGAUAUUCAUAUUAAUAGCACAAUUUGUAAUAGCUAAAUCUUGGAAACAACCCAAAUGCCCAUCAACUGAGGAAUGGAUAAAAAAGAUAAUAGUAUUUUUGGGGCUGGGGAUUUAGCUCAGUGGCAUAAGCGCCUGCCUUGCAAGCAGGCAGUCGUGAGUUUGAUCCCUGGUACUGAUAAAAAGGAAAAAGACAAAAAAAAAAAAAGAUACGGUAUUUUUAUACAAUGGAGUACUACUCAGCUAUAAGGAAAGAUCACAUUGAGGCUUUUAUAGGUAAGUGGAUGAGACUUGAGACCAUACUCAUAAGUGAAAUAAAUCACUCACAUAUGUAAAUACCAUAUUGGCUCCCUCAUGUAAGAAACUGAAAGAGUAAAUAAGAUCCAGAAUCUUCAGUAGAUAUUGUGAAAGGGUAAGAAACUUUCCAGGAGAAAAAUAACUGGGAUAGGGGAAAGGAAAAGGAAAAAGAUAUAAAUUUGGUUAUAUAUACAUAAAAUAGCUAAGAUGAUUAUACUAAUUCUAUUAGUUUCUGGAAAAGAACAGGGAAUACUCAUAUUAUUAGAUCAAUUUUGCAUGUCUAGGGCUGGGGAUUUAGCUCAGUGGCAUAAGUGCCUGCCUAGUAAGCAUGAGUCAUGAGUUCUAUCCCCAGUACCAAAAAAAAAGAUUUUUUUUUUGCAUGUCUAUAUAUCUGGUAAUCUAAGCAACUCUUGAGGACAACAAUGUGCAGUAUUACAACCAGUGUUAAAUUCCUGUCAUCUUGUUUUGAAAGACUAUAUUGUUAUUGUGUUGGGUUUUUUGUUCUUGCAGUUUGCAUAUCUGCUGUUUUUCUUUUUUGUGUUUUUUCCUCUUUAAAAUUAAAAAGUUCUAUACAGGUAGUAAUGUUAGUUAUAAAACAGUAUUGAUUUAUACUGAUUGAUAAUCUUGAUCCUGUAUAGUCCUAGGCUAGUAUAUUUAUGUCUUAACAAAAAUGUUUAAAAAAAUCAAAUCAUUUUAAAAUAGAAGUAUAUGGAAAUGACAGUUAAAAAAUCUUUGUAUAACUAUACAUUGUGUUCUAAGCUGUGUUAAUUGUAAGUCAAAAAAGUAAGCUUCAAAAGUUUAUGAAGCUACAUAUAAGUAAAACUUAAUUUAUUAUUGAAUAAAUGUAGAAAAUAUUGUUUAUAGCUAUACAGGUUUUGUAACCAAAGAAAAAUGGGAUGUACUGUACCAUCUGACCUAGGUGUGCAGUAGACUGUGCCACCUAGAUUCAUGUAAGAGCAUUGGAUAGUAUUUGCAUAAAAAUGGGGCUGCUUCAACUUACAGCUGUACUUCAUUCUUGAUCCUCACUACUAUUUAGUGCCUGAGACCAAUGUCAACACCUGCUGAGUGGCAAAUGAAUUAAAAUAUGUACACUUUUCAGAUAAA